UUGCAAGCGGGUAUAUAAUAAACAUAGAGUAACAGAAAGGCAUGUCCUUAUAGUUGUCCCGCAUUGGUAGAGAUCGAAAAGUGCGUUUAUAGCUAUGUCUUGAUUAUACUUUCUCCUUUAAUAGGUUUCCAAAUUAAUUGAUUCAAUGUCAAAAAAGGAAAUGAAGUUUAAUAUACUUGCAAUUCAAGGAAUUUAGAUUUAAAAGAAUCAUCCCAAGUCUAUUGCUUGCAGAUUCAACCUCGUACGAAUUACGAAAUUAUGCACAUGGCUACUUCUGCACAGAACAAACUACUAUUAAAAAAAAUACUAGUAAUUAAAUAAAUUAGACUUGAUUUAAAUCAUAUACGUAUCUCAGAACUCACAAUUUUUAUACCACUACACUAAUUAUCCUGAAUCAUAAUCAGAAGAAGAAUGGAAUGCAACUCAGUUAUUAAGAUUGAAGAAAUCACCAUUAAAGAAAUCCACCAAGCAUUUGCUGAAAACAAACUCACUGCAAGAAAACUAGUUGAUUUUUAGCUUCAUCAAAUCGAAACCCUAAAUCCACUGCUUCGUGGUGUUAUUGAGGUAAACCCGGAGGCCCAAAAUCUAGCUGAUGAAGCUGAUUUAAACAGAGGUAAUAAAGGGGAGUUACAUGGAAUACCUGUGCUCGUUAAGGACACAUUUGGCACGAAGGACCAGAUGAAUACUAGUGCGGGUUCAUAUGCUUUGUUGGGAGCUGAAGUGGCACGAGAUGCUGGAGUAGUGGACAAGUUGAGAAAAGCAGGUGCUAUUGUUUUGGGAAAAGCAAGUAUGAGUGAAUGGUAUAAGUUUCGUUCUCUUACUGGAGUUCCUAAUGGCUGGUGUGCUCGAUCUGGACAAGGAGUGAAUCCUUAUUGCCCGUCUGGAUCGCCAUGUGGAUUGAGUAGUGGCUGUGCAAUAUCUGUUGCAGCAAAUAUGGUUGCAGUCUCUCUUGGGACUGAAACUCACUGCUCCAUCAUCUGUCCAGCAGAUCAUAACUCGGUUGUAGGGCUGAAACCUACUGUUGGGCUCACAGGUCGGGCUGGGAUCAUACCAAUGACGCCCCUCUGGGACACUGUUGGGUCUAUAUGCAGGAAUGUAAGCAAUGCAGUUUACAUGCUUGAUGUAAUUGUUGGAUCAGAUCCAAGAGAUGAAGUCACCACGGAAGCAGCUAAAUAUAUUCCUGAGGGUGGCUACAAACAGUUUCUCAGGGAAGAUGGUCUGGAAAGGAAACGAAUAGGCAUUGUCAGACAUCCACUUGUGGAAAUGAUACAUGGAGCAAUUGAAAAAACAGCUUUUGAACAUCACCUGGAUUUAUUAAGACAAGAAGGAGCAACUCUGGUAGAUAACCUGCGCAUAAGAGAUAUUGAAGAGAUUAUGGAUCUAAAUCACAGCGGUGAAGCAUUGGUGAUGAUGGUUGAAUUCAAGAGCUCGAUCAAUGCUUACCUGAAAGAGUUGAUCACUUCUCCUGUUAGGUCAUUGGCCGACAUUAUCGCUUUUAAUGAACGCAACUCUGAUUUGGAGAAACUUAAAGAGUAUGACCAACAUACUUUCAUAGAAGCUGAGAAGACAGGCCACUGGCUAUGUUGAACUAACAGAAAAGAAUGCUUUUGUUUUGCUGCACCAUCUCUUAGUUGAGAAAAAACAGUUUCUUCUACUUUAACCGUUUUAGCUAAAUUAUUUCCUUCUUUUCUUUUUUCAAUUUCAGAGACAUUGUUUCUA